GCCGGCGGGCAGCCCAGCCGUGGCCUGGGCAUGAGCGGCGGCUGCUAGCUGCGCCCUGCCCGGGACGGAACAGCUGCCCGCCCCCGUCACGUGCGCCCAACUCCUCGCCGCGGGGCCAGCGCCGUUCCUAUGGUUCAAGGGACUCUGGCUCCCGUGUUCAGUGCCUCAGCGUGAAACAGACGAGGACUUCUGUCUCCCUAACUCAGGCUGCUCUCUCUGGGAAGGUGGCACACCUGGAAACUCGGCUGGAACUGCAGAGCGCACAAGGACGCAGGCUGUUGAUGGAGAAGGGGGCGGAUGACAGCCGGGACCGUGGUCAUCACCGGGGGCAUCUUGGCGACUGUGAUCCUGCUCUGCAUCAUCGCAGUUCUGUGCUACUGUCGGCUCCAGUACUACUGCUGCAAGAAGGGCGAGUCGGAGGGGGACGAGGAGGAGCCCGACUUCGCGGUGCACUCACACCUGCCCCCGCUGCACUCCAACCGCAACCUCGUGCUGACCAACGGGCCUGCUGCGCUCUACCCAGCCGCCUCCACCUCCUUCAGCCAGAAGUCGCCGCAGGCCCGCACCCUCUGCCGCAGCUGCUCCCACUACGAGCCGCCCACCUUCUUCCUGCAGGAGCCGCCCGAGGACGAGGUGGUGCACAACGGGGGUGAGCUCGUGGCCUACCAAAGCGUGGGCCAGGACGACGCCGAGCCGCCCACUGCGGCCUUUGGAGGCCUGCAGGCGCUCAACCCCAGCCGCCUCUCGGCCAUGCGGGAGGCCUUCUCCCGGAGCCGUAGCAUCAGCACUGACGUGUGAUGGCCCAGGGAGGCCCUGAGCCUGCGACGGCCCCCAUGGUGCCCCGGAGGAGCCCCAAGCCAGGCCCCAGGCUUGGCCAAGCCAUCUUCACUUCCCUGCCUUCGGGAGGGUCCCAGGUUUGGGGAACCCUUGGGCCCACUGCAGGGACAAGGCUCCGUGAACACAGGCGUAGCUACAGGGGUAGGGCCUGGGGCUGGCAGGGAGGCGGGCAUGAUGCCAGCCCAGGCAACGGCUGCAGAGUAAAGGCAGGGCUGGCCAGGGGGCUCCCCGGCUCCCGAGCCCUGGCUCUUGUUUUCUGAUGGUGUUGUGGGGGGGCGCCCCUCUCAGCCCCAGCAGCUCGGCCAUCUCUGACUGGGUGGUCUUGGCUCUGUCCCUCCCGCCCUGGGCCUCAGCCCUCCGACCUGGUCAAGGAAGGAGUGGCCUCAGUGAUGUUGCGGCCUGCGGCCCAGGCCUCCCCGGUGGACCAAGUAUUCUACCUGCCCUGCUCUCAGGCCUCCUUCCUCCUCACCCCCUUCCUCUCUGCCUCCCUGUUCUCUCCCCCUCUUCCAUUCUCCCUCUUCUCCCUCCCUCUCGCUCUCAUUCCUGGCUUCAAGAACCAAGUGUCUGCUCAGGGUCGAAGCCCUGGCUGGGCGGGCCUCCCCACAGAGGGAAGCCUCCCCCAGGAGGAGAAUUUCAGGAGUAGCACCAUCCUUAGUACACUCAGCCCUGCCUGACCUUUUGGGGUGGAGGAGCACAUGGAGGAGAAGGCUGCACCCCUGCCCGCCUGCUCUGGGCAUGUCAGCACUCCUCCCAGACGCACACCGCAUGUCCUCAGCCCUAGCCGUGGAAGGUGGCAGAGGCCAGGAGGGAUAUGAGGCACAGGAGGUUGGGCAGAGCCGGGGCCAGGGGUUCAAAGCCCCCAGCUUAUGAGACUCGGAUGGCCCUUCCUACCACUGGCCUCGGUCUCCCCAUCUUGUGCCCCAGAGGCCCCAUACUCGGGCUUUGCCCAGGGAGGCAGAGCUGCUGGUCGCACCUCCCUGCCUCCUGCUGCUGUGCGGGGUCCAGGAUCGAGACCAGUCCCUGCCCUCUGCCCCCUGCCCCUGGGGCCAGCAUCCGGAGCUCGCUGCCUGCGUGCAAAGACCCCAUCUGGGCCACAAGGCACCAAGCCGGGGGUCCCCAGGCCUUCUCAGCCCCUCUCCACAAGGCACCAAGCCAGGGGUCCCCAGGCCUUCUCAGCCCCUCUCCAGCAGAACUGAGGCCCAGUGGCCACCCUGAACAACACCCCAAGCCCAGGGUACCAGCAGCAGGGAGCAUGGCCCUGCCCCCACACCCCUGGGAAGAGGCAAGUUCCUCCUAUCCUCUCCGGAACUAUCAAAGGGCCUUGGCCGGCUUUGGCCGGAGCCCCAGGGAAGGAGGCCAGACUCCCCAGCAGAGGCACCUUCAGAGACGAGCCUUCCCUGGGCUGCCCCCUCCCCCGCCAGGGCACCCACUCUUCCUGGGAAGCACCUGGGACCAGAGACCACUGCUUGGGGCUUUCUUGAUUUUCCCAUUUUCCCUUUCUCCUCCUGCCUCGGGCCCACCCACACCUCUGCUUCCUGUGUCCCUGGCUCCUUUGUUUCUGACACAUCCUUAGC